AUGCUGGAUCACCGCGGUUUCUCUGCUUGGAUCACUUCUGACGGGCUCGAGCUUGUCGAGUUUGAGCCCCGAAUUAACACCCAAGCCCACACAGUCACCUGCUGGAUUGCAGGCUCUGUUGGACAGCCCUUCAUCGUGCACUGGCGCGACCAUGGUAGCUUGGUGGAUAGCGCAAGCUGGAUUUACUUUGACGGGUUCAAAGUCUCCGGCCAGUUCCUCUACGGCAGUGGCGAAGAGCUUCGUCGUGGUGUUCGUGUUGGCUCUGAGGAGGAACGCCCUUUCGUCUUCUCUUCCAUCGACCAUAUGGAUCCGGUUGGCACGAUUGGUGGGCGCCCUACAGACAAGAACGUUGGCUCCAUUGUCCUGGAGAUACGACUCAUCAAGCUCGUUGGAGAGCGUGAGCCAAAUACACUGACUCCGCCGCCUGACGUCAUUCGUGGCAACCGUCUACCCGGAGAGGUAGCCAUCAGGUACGGCGAUGUCCGCCCAGCGUCGAUGCAAAAGAGGACCUACAAGAUCGAGCCGUUUGAUACGAAUGCACCGGGACCGUAUGUUACGUUCAUCUUCCGCUACCGGUCAAAGGAUUGGCUCGUCUCCCAAGGCAUCGUGGGGGAUGACGAGGUCACUUCUCGACUGCUCGUCCUGCCGGAUGUGGACGAUUGCAGCAAGGCUGAUCUUCCUCCUCUCGAGCCCGAGGACGAUGAAAAUGAGAGUGAAUAUGAAGACGAAGAAGAAAACGCCAACCCAUCUGCGGGACUACCAGUGCCAACUCGUGUCGCGUCCGGAACUCGCGUCACCUCCAGCAGCCAGUCUUCUGAACAAGAACCGGGUUCCUCGCUGGCGACGUCCAAUCCGCCGACCCCUGGGACGGCCCCGAAAGUUAAGAUGGAAGAGCUCGGUUUGGGACACCGGCCGCAGGCACCAACAGGAAUGGGCCGGGUGUCUUCCACGAGCUCAAGCCACUCUUUCUCUGGCACCUGGGACCCCUCUCCCUCUGGCGAACCUUACGAAGAAUGGGAUGAGUACCGUCCCGAAGAACUUGAUGAAGCUCUCAACAACUACUUCUGAUGCUCUCGUCGCAAUCAUGCAAUCGCAAGUCGCAAAUGUCGAAUCACAGUGUUGUUAAACGCUACGUACUCUUUCACGCUCUCUCGCUGCUGUUCAUCUCGUCUCGCUCUUGCUUUGUACAAUCAAAAUCGUCCUUUCCCGUGUCUUGCUGUGACAUUGCAGUUGAAGGUUCUCAGAUUGUUUGCUUGCGCUCGUAUCCCCAUGCUCUUUCACAUCUCCUGUUGUCAUAUCCUUUGUCUCGCUUGUCCUUGUCCUACUGACCCUUCUUUGCUCCGUCAC